ACUACAAUGCAGGAAUGACCUUUAUUGGAGUAUUUUGACCACCGGUCGCUGUGGCGGCGACUCCGACUAUCGUUUCAUUUAUGUCUGCCUGUCACAGCUGUCUACUCGACUGUUAGUAUUUGCUCUUAUCUCCUGGGGAACUGGCAGCUGGUCAUAAUGGGAGGUAAUGGAAGUACGGCGAGGAAUGUGUCAUUCGGACUGAACGAAGACGAGAAGGUCACAGUAAUUGAGGGAGUGAAGCUGUCAGGGGAUGUGUUGCGACGGAUGAAGGAGUCUCAGGGGUCUGAUGGCACCAAGUCAUCAGGUCCUCCACCUGACAGUCACAAGCCACCACCAAGUGCAAAGCCAGCAGAACCCUCUGCCACAGAGAUAAAGGAAGAAAUGCGCAAAAAUUUUGAGCGGCAGCAGGCUCUGGUCCAGGAGCAGUUGGCCAAACUGGCUCAGAGGGAGAAAGAGACUGCAGCAAUCACAGGCCUGGACGAUCUGACCUCUGCUGUCAUCAUGGAGAAAGGAAAGGCCCGUGCAGAGCAGGAAAAGGCCAAAAUACUUCCAGCAGAUUUGGAUGUGUGGGCCAGACAGUUGGAGAGGAAAGAAAAGGAGCUGGCUGCAAUAUCCAGUUUCUACAAAGAGCAGUUAGAAAUACUGGAGAAAAAGAACUUCGACAACUACAAGCAGACGGCUGAACAGUACGACGAGGCAGCUGCUAAAGCUGAAGCUCACAUACGGCCCCGGCAAACAGCAUAUAUGUGCACUGAUCUGCAGGCCAAAGUGCUCCAAUGCUACAGAGACAACCCACAGCAGACCCUGCAGUGCUCCAGCCUGGCCAAACAGUACAUGACCUGUGUUCAGCAAGCAAGCAAGAGCUCUUUGACAAAUCAUGGCUGAGAAACACCAAAGAAAGCAGAACCAAGUGGAGAAGCAGCGAAGAAGUAGAGAAUACAUCAUAUCCGUCUAUAUUAUGUUUUUUUGCCAUCAUCUCUUCUUUUCUCCUCUUUAUCCAGCCUUUUAUUUAGCCACCAUCACAGAAUAAACUCUUCUUUCCUGCUCACCAUCUUUCAUGAUCCUGAGUGCAUUAUCUUGACUUGUCACUCCAGAGUGUACGAUGUGUUGAUUUAUUGUCAAGUUGUGACAGAGCACACAACCCCUGCUGCUGCUGAAAUAAAUUCCAGUGAUCCAGUGGU